AUGGCCUUUCUGCUUGCCCUGGCCUUGACUAUUGGGCUUUCUUUAUUCCAACAAGCAUUCGCUCAAAGCUACAAUGAGCUCUACCGCCCUCAGUAUCAUUUUACACCAGCUCAAAACUGGAUGAAUGAUCCAAAUGGUCUUUUGUAUUACAAUGGCGUCUACCAUCUAUACUACCAGUAUAAUCCCGGAGGAAGUACCUGGGGAGCUAUGUCCUGGGGACAUGCUACUAGUGAUGAUCUGACGCACUGGGAGCAUCAGCCUAUCGCUCUCCUAGCUCGUGGCUACCCUGGUGCCAUCUCUGAAAUGUUUUUCUCUGGCUCUGCAGUCGCCGAUACCCAGAACACGAGCGGCUUUGCUACUAAUGGAACUGUACCAUUCGUUGCAAUGUAUACUUCCUACUACCCUGGGUCCAUGAAUUUACCCAGCGGGAAGUCAGUCAACGGUGGACAGCAAGCGCAGUCGAUUGCCUAUAGUUUGGACGAAGGCUUGACAUGGACUACUUACGACACUGCCAAUCCUGUCCUUCUCAAUCCGCCUGCUCCAUACGCAGACCAAUGGCAAAAUUUUCGAGAUCCAUUCGUCUUCUGGCACGAAGACAGCCAGAAGUGGAUUUCAGUGAUUUCACUGGCCCAACUCCACAAGUUACUUAUUUACACCUCCCCAAACCUUAAGGACUGGACUUAUACCAGCGAAUUUGGCCCUAUGAAUGCAGUAGGAGGUGUUUGGGAGUGUCCUAGCAUUUUUCCACUUGCUCUUGACGGAAAUGAGGCCAAUCCCAAGUGGGUUGCGCAAAUCGGACUCAACCCUGGCGGACCUCCCGGAGUGACCGGGUCAGGUAUGCAAUACAUUGUGGGAAGCUUCAAUGGAACAGCAUUCGUUGCGGACUCCAACACUCCGUCUCCGACCUCCACAUCCACCAGUACCUCCGUAAGCACCGCCUCUGCCUCAUCAACUGCAAUUGCAAACAUAACCUUUCAAGAUUUCGAAGGUGCCGGUGACUAUGCUUCUCGAGGCUGGGUUGCCACUGGGGGUUUGGUUGGGGCGGCACCAGCUCGAGGGACCCUUGCGGGGCAACAAACUGUCACUGGAUAUUCCGGAUGUUGUCUUGUUAAUACAUUUAUAAACGGAGACUCUACGAUCGGCACACUCACGUCUCCUCCUUUCACAAUAUCGCAUCCGAAUAUAAACUUUCUUAUCGGUGGUGGAAACGCGCCGGGCACGGAAUGCAUCAACUUGAUAAUUCAAGGACAGAACCAGCCUGUACGAACCAGCACAGGUCUCAAUGCCGAAAAUCUCCUGCCCCAGACCUGGGAUGUAAGUGCUUUCAUGGGCCAAACUGCUGUACUUGAGAUCGUCGAUCAGGCAACAGGUGGUUGGGGACAUAUAUUAAUCGAUCAGAUUACCUUCACCGGUAAUACAGGCACCAACAACCCCCCAAGCAGCAGCGAUGUUUUCGAUUUCAAUAGUACUAGCAGCUUUGCGGACCUUGGCUGGAUUGCUACUGGAGAUUUGGUUGGCCAAGGGCCAGCUCAGGGCACACUUGCGGGACAACAGGUUGUGACUGGUUACAUGGGGAAUUUCGUCAACACAUUCUUGAACGGAGAUGCUACUACUGGAACACUCACCUCCCCAUCUUUUACCAUAACCGAGACAGUAAUAAACUUUCUCAUCGGCGGUGGUAACGCACCUGGCGUGGAAUGCAUCAACCUAAUGGUCCAAGGUCAGGUUGUACGCACUGCAACAGGCGCUGAUGCAGAAAUGCUUAUACCAAAAAGCUGGGAUGUUACGGACUUGAUUGGGCAAACUGCCUCCAUCGAGAUCAUUGAUCUUAGCACCGCUGGUUGGGGGCACAUUCUGAUUGAUGAAAUUUCCUUCUCAAACUCAUCAUCCGAGCCAUACGGGACCAGCUGGAUGGAUUGGGGGCCAGAUUUCUAUGCUGCAGCACCAUUCAAUGGAUUGCCAUCCACAAAUAGAAUCAGUAUUGCAUGGAUGAACAAUUGGCAAUAUGCGAGCUCGAUCCCUACUUCUCCAUGGCGGGGCAUGUUGUCAAUUCCUCGGCAGCUUUCGCUUAGGACAAUCAACGGCAGGCCAACAUUAAUCCAGCAACCUACGGCGAAUUGGACCAGCCUGCAGGCGACAACAUACUCCAACAGUAUCGGUACAGUAGCUGAAGGCAAUCAGCUCGUACAACUUUCUGGGGAAACACUCGAUAUUACAGUGAACUUUUCGGACAGAGCCUCGGUGGCAUCUUCGUCUCAGUUUGGUAUCAUCCUUGGGGCAACUUCUGACUUAACACAACAAACACGAAUUGGCUAUGACUUCAGCACGAGGGAGCUCUUUGUUGAUCGAACAAAAUCCGGAGAUGUUUCCUUUGACGGGACAUUUCCCAAUACUUACUAUGCGCCUUUGGAGCCCGCCAGUAACGGUGAAUUUACAAUACGCAUUCUUCUUGACUGCUCCUCGAUUGAAGUCUUUGGAGGCGAAGGGGAGGUUACACUAUCCGCUCAAAUAUUUCCGAGCGUCAAUGGUGUUGAUGUCCUACUCUUCUCCACAGGAGGAAAUACAGAUGGUGUCACCAUUAAUGCAGAGGUCCUUGGUUCUGCUUUUGAUCCGCCCACUCAAUCAAGUACUGGUAUCAGUGCGAGCUCAACUUUUACCAGUACUGCCACAACCCUAAUUACCGCCACAAGCACCACCACCAGCAUUCUCCCUUCGUCCACAGCUCCCUACGACUUUCGUCCCGUUUACCACUUCGUUCCGGAUGAGAACUGGAUGAAUGAGCCCAACGGACUGAUCAAAAUUGGCUCUACCUGGCACCUUUUCUAUCAACAUAAUCCAACCGGAAACUUUUGGGGCAACUUAAGCUGGGGUCAUGCCACUACCACUGACCUUGUGUCCUGGAAUUAUAAACCAGUUGCAAUCUCGAGUGCAGAUGGCAUACAGGCUUUCACAGGAACUUCAUACUUUGACGUAUCGAAUCUUUCAGGUCUUGGAACAUCAUCAAACCCGCCGUACCUUGCCUUCUUCACCGGCUACUUCCCCUCAAGUGGGGUGCAAGAUCAAAGACUUGCGUAUAGCUUGGACCAGGGAGUGACUUGGACAAAAUACCAAGGCAAUCCGAUUAUACCGCAAAGCCAAGAGGCACCAUAUGAUAUAACCAAAGGUCUAGAAAUAAGGGAUCCAAAGGUAUUCUAUCACGGCCCCACGAGCAGGGGACAAGAUAAAGUUUCAAUCUGGACAUCUCCAGAUGCAAAGUCUUGGACGUGGAGAAGUGACUUUACUGCCAGCAAUAUCGUAGGAUUUCCAGGUGGAAUCAACGGAUGGGAAGUGCCAGACUUUUUCCAACUCCAGAUCGAUGGUACUACGCAAACGAAAUGGGUGUUGAUUGUGACUCCUGCCAGUGGAUCUCCUGCCGGUGGUAAUGGGGUCUUUGCACUUACUGGGUCUUUUAAUGGCUCUGUAUUUUCCGCAGACCCUGUUGACCCAACCACGUUAUGGCUUGAUUACGGCCGUGACUGGGAUGGUGCCAUGAGUUGGGAAAACGUACCUGUUUCAGACGGGCGCAGGAUUCUUGCUGCAGUUAUGAACAGCUACGGCACUAACCCUCCAACCAAUACCUGGAAAGGUAUGCUUUCAUUCCCUCGAACUUUGAAACUCAAGCAGGUCAAUAGCAAAUUGCAAUUCCUCCAACAGCCCGUGGGCGAACUUGAUGCGAUCAGUAACUCAGUUGCGAGUAUCACAAACCAGACCCUUGCACCUGGACAAACGGUUCUCUCCAACGUCCAUUCUAGGUCGUUGGAUAUUAGUAUGACUUUUAUUCCUGCCCCAGGGUCUACACUAUCCCUCUCCGUUCGAAAGGGGGGAUCUCAACAAACCGUAAUUAAAUACGUGCAGUCUAACCAGCAGCUUUCAGUGGAUCGAAAUGCAAGUGGAAACAUCUCAUAUGAUCCUGCCGCUGGCGGUAUCCACACUGCCACUCUCCAGGCUGAUGCAAAUGGGCAAGUGCAAUUACGAGUAUUGGUUGAUGAAUGCUCCCUUGAGGUUUAUGGCGGACAAGGCGAGGUGGUGAUAUCUGAUUUGAUAUUCCCCGAUAUCUCUUCAGACAGCCUCUCUUUGGCUACUAGUGGAGGCAACGUGGUAUUGGAAUCAGUCAACGUGCGAUCGAUUUCACUUUGA